AUGGCUACCACAGAAGACCCAACCGUUGCAAUUGUCCGCAGUAAUGUCACCGCUAUCAAUGGCCUUGUCCCAGAGAGCACUGUUACAGACCUUCAUGACUUUAUCACGUCCCAGGAGCACGGCAAAGAGUUAUUGGAGACUUUCGCCAAAAUCUCUAACCUUGACCCCCCACUCACGGAGUUGAGUGCCCUGAAGGCAAGUGGUGACUUCAGAAACAGUUGCGGUGCAGCAGGCUCCAUUGUCAAUCUUUGGGUAUACGCCAAAGUGCAGGUCCGGGCUGAGGCUUUGCGGAGAAUCGGCGACGGCCAUGUAGGUGGUGCUACAGUUGGACUUCCUGGCGGCGCUCUGUUGUAUGUUUGA